AUGGCAUCUAGUAAUCGUGUAGACUACAUAGAGAAAGUAUGCACUCUACAAUACGAUGGACUACUAAAGGAAAAUGAAUCAGCACUAAAUGAAUAUGCUGAUUUUUGUUCAACGAGACAAAUUUUAUCUAUUUUCAAUUUCGAUAACAAACGAUUACAUCUUUUUGGCAGUUCCAUGUCAACUAAACAAGCUGAAAAACGAUUUUUUGAUUUGCAAAAUGAAAUAUUAAUCAACAAUAUAAAACAACGAAAAAUUGAUGACAUACUAUGGUGGUAUGAAACAUGGGAUAGUACAUGGCAACAAUAUAAUUUGAAUAUCAGUUCUGACAUAGAACAUCAUUACAAAACUAAUCUAUCAUCUAUUAUGAUUCUCAAUGAGUUAGGUGAGCGAGUAAAAAUUGAUUUUCAGAAACUUGAAGAACUCUAUGGAACACGUAUCAAACGUAUUCGCCGAUCGAAAGUUGAUCCAUUGCAACCUAUCCACUGGAAAUUAACUCCUAUGAAUAUAGAACGAAUUUUACUUGAACAUGACUCACAUGAAUAUAAUUGGGUACAAGAAAAUUUCGAUAGGAAAAUGAAAGGACAUUAUGCGAAGCUCACAAGUAUUGAACGUAUUCAAAAUAUGCGACUAUUUAAACAAUUUUUAAUAUUACAUGAAGAAUAUUUGCAUAAAUAUGGACAAGCCAAUAACGGUACGAUGCAUUAUUUAUAUCAUGGAUGUCCUGAGUCGGCUGCAAAGAAAAUUAUUGAACGAGGUUUUAAUCGUAGUUAUUGUGGUGUCAACGGAUGUGUCUAUGGACGUGGAGUCUAUUUUUCAAGUGACGCUAGUUAUUCAGAUAAAUAUGCAAAAGGCAAUGAAAAAAACGAAAAACAUAUGUUUUACAGUCGUGUUCUUCUUGGUCGAAGUAUGAUUGGUAAUUCAACUAUGUAUGAACCAGAAGAUGGGUAUGACACGACAACAAGCGGAACUCAUAUCUUCGUAUGUUAUUACGAUAGCCAGUGCUAUCCGGAAUAUUUACUAACCUAUGUGUGA